AUGGAGAACUUUCCGAAAGAGGAGACUUUCUGGCCACUGAACAGAUCGUGGUCGAGUAGCGGAAACGAAAGUAUAGGUGCAAACCGAACCGUGAACCCUCUGAAGCGCAACGAGGAGGUGGCCAAGGUGGAAGUGGCAGUGUUGUUUGUGGUGCUGCUGCUCGCACUGGCUGGUAACUCGUGCGUCCUGGCGGCGCUUCAUGUGAGCAAAAGCGCGCGCUCGCGCAUGCAUUUCUUCAUGAAGCACCUGAGCAUCGCAGAUCUGGUGGUGGCCAUCUUCCAGGUGCUCCCCCAGCUCAUCUGGGACAUCACGUUCCGCUUCUAUGGGCCAGACUUCUUGUGCCGCUUGGUGAAGUAUUUGCAGGUGGUGGGAAUGUUUGCCUCCACCUACCUGCUUGUGCUGAUGUCUGUGGACAGGUGCCUUGCAGUGUGCCAGCCUCUUCGCUCACUGCAGUGCAGAAAGGACCGUGAGUACAUUCUUGGGUCGUGGCUCCUGAGCCUGCUGUUCAGCCUACCACAGACAUACAUUUUCUCUCUCAAAGAAGUAGCCCAGGGAGUCUAUGACUGCUGGGGAGACUUUGUGCAGCCAUGGGGAGCAAAAGCCUACAUUACAUGGAUAAGCCUUGCCAUCUACAUUAUACCUGUUACCAUACUGAGUGUCUGUUAUGGCCUCACAAGUUUUAAGAUAUGGCAAAACUUCAAGCUGAAGAGCAGAAGGGAUCAGCCUCUAAGACUGUCUCGGGAGAUGGGCGAUGGAGCAGCACUUUCACAUGUCAGCAGUGUGAAACUCAUCUCUGAGGCCAAAAUCAGGACGGUGAAAAUGACAUUUGUUGUCGUCUUGGCCUACGUUGUGUGCUGGACACCAUUCUUCUUCGUGCAGAUGUGGUCAGCUUGGGAUCCUAUGGCACCAAGAGAGGAAAUGGCAUUCAUUAUUGCCAUGCUGCUGGCUAGCCUGAACAGUUGCUGUAACCCCUGGAUCUACAUGUUCUUUGCUGGCCACCUGUUCCAUGACCUGAUGCAUGACUGUCUGACGACAUUAUGCUGUAACCGUAUGGGGCAGCAGAGUCCUAAUAGCAAAUCAGCAGAAACAGUGAUGAAGGACACUGGCAGCCAGAGGAGUAUCACCCAAACUUCAACUAUGUAACACACCAGACUGCAAGGAAAACAAGAGACAUGAGGACAAAAUCUCUCCGAACCAUGGGUGCAAAUGCAGAAAAACAACUACAAAUGGUUGAUUCACAGAGGCUCUGUAUUGGUCUGGACUUCACUGACUUGUACUAUAAGAAAAGCUAUUCAUAUGGACAGAUACUUGUAUAAUCAUUAAAGACCUGAUAAUAAAGCUCAGGGCUAGUGUAGUAAAAAUACAGAUUACAAUUUAAUUCUCGACAGAGUCAGGAAUUACCACUAGCUAUUGUCUCAGUAUGUGUACUACUGGCCAUCCACACACCAGUGAAAUAUUGAAUACUUUUGCAUUUGAACAUAUUCAUCUGUCCCAUACCAAGAUCCAUUUCAGAGCUAAUCUGGAGAUAUUAAUAGGUCAUGUCCAGUUUAUUUUUUGCUGGAUAACCUAAAUUUUUUGCUGAACCAGGAUGUGUCUUCUUCCCUUUACCCA